AUGGGUGCCAAGAAGAAAAAUGAUCAAAAAAACACCACAGAGCUGAAUGUGUCGUACUUUCAAAUAUUUCGUUACGCAACAUGGCUGGAGCUUACGGCAACGAUACUAGGGGUGGUAUUUGGACUGCUAAGUGGAGGAGAGAAAGCAGUUAUCUACCACUUACUCAGGGCCUUCGGAGGCGGUAGAAGGCUGUUCAACGCGUCAUAUGAAGAAAAUAUGGCGGCACUGUUAGAAGAUGCUAAAGCGAUAGCCAUCGGAAUGUUCCUGAGCAUCGUCAUUUCUCUUUUCUUCGUCGUUCUUUCGGUUUUACUAGUUAGUUGGAGCGCAUUGCGUCAGAUUACUCGAAUACGGAUGAAAUUUCUAAGGGCUGUACUACGCCAGGAUAUGUCUUGGUUCGACACUGAUUCAGAGUUCAAUUUAGCUUCGAAAAUGACAGAGUAA